GCCCCCAUCUUUUCGUGCAGGGCUUUUUGCAUCCCUGCUUACGUCUGGCUGGCAGAGCAAACUGAUUUCCGCAUUCCCAAAUCCUCCCAGACAGGGAUCGGUAUAUAAACGUGCUGAUGCAACGAUUCCCCCUGUUUAAAAUCUACUCGCGACCCCCAGCUGACCUGAAAAAGGGACAUCAAGUGAACGCUGGAUCAAAGUCAGCUGUGGUCAAGGGCGCGUGUGACAUGAUGCCCGGACAGAUCCCUGACCCUGCAGUUACGGCGGGCUCUCUGCCCAGCCUGGGCCCGCUGGCAGGCAUCUCCGCCACCACACUUACGGAGCAGCUAAAAUACGCCGACCUGUGCAGUCUGGGUGCCAUGCUCUCGCCCCUGCACCUCCUGGGUAAACUGGGCAAGCGCCAUCUAACCAUUAAAACUGAGAAGGAUGAGGAGGAAGAGAGGAGGAAAAGACGACGAGAGAAAAACAAAGUGGCAGCCGCACGAUGUCGAAACAAAAAGAAAGAGCGAACAGAGUAUCUACAGCGGGAAUCGGAGCGUCUGGAGAUGAUGAACUCAGAGCUUAAAGCGCAGAUCGAGGAGCUGAAGCAGGAGAGACAGCAGCUUAUCCUCAUGCUGAACCGCCACCGGCCCACCUGCAUCGUGAGGACGGACAGUGUGAAGACCCCCGAGAGUGAGACAAACCCCCUGCUGGAGCAGCUGGGGUCUAAAUGAGGUCAGGCAGAUGCUCGGCAUGGUGCCCUUCCACAGUGACUGUUUACACGUUAGCUUCCGUACAGCUAGCUAGAAGCACUUGGCUCGAAGCUCUUGGAUGUUUCAGGAGGAAUGAGUGAAGCACUCCAACAUGCAAGCUUGGAGCUUAAGAACCUUUGUGGAUAUGUCCCCCCAAUAUCCACCUACACAUGUCCCAAUCAGAUUGGGCUGUGUGCUGAAAGUUAUGAGUUUAUAUUACUGUUACUUUGCUCCCAAUUGUGGUCAUUCAGUGCCUAAGAGGUUCAAGCUAAUCCAACAAAUCUAAAAAAGAAUUGGUUACAAGUAGGGGGAGUUCAGUAACAGCACUCACUUCCUCGAGGCAUCAUAUAAAAAUCUGUGUGUGGCUUAACAGACACAAGAUUUCUGUUUGUGUCUGUGACAUAUGCCAAUGUAACUGGAACAUUUGUACCACAUUUCUUGUGUCUUCAUGAUACUGAACCAUGAUUUGCCCUCAGUAGCAUUUUUUUUUUGACGCAGGCGUCAUGUAUGCACAUAUAUAUGAACUGUUUACAUCUUGCUGUUUUAAUAGUUACCUACAAUUUAUAUAUAUUUUCUGAUUUUUUAUACUUGUACAUUACAUUAUAUGGACCGUUAUCACUAGAUGUGAUACAUUUUAUAUUUCUGCAACAAAUAGUUAUAUAACCCCCCUUUUCUGUGACUUAAUCAUUUUGUUUAAUAGCUGUGAAAAAAUGCAAACAAAUAUUAAACAGGAGUAACUCCUAAAUGUUAUUUUGCUAUUAUACACCAUGUACUUGGGUAGUAUAUUCCAUAGUCCUUAAUUAUUAAACCCAUUCUUCCUGAA